CGCGGAGUUUAUGUUUUUAAAAUAAAUAAAAGAUCGCGUUUUGCAUUGUUUACACUGUUUGUAUUGAUAAAUUAUUCUUCAUCAUGGUCUCAAACACUAAAAUCAUUUUCGCUCAAGUUCCAACCGGUUAUCCCGAGCCUGGUGUACACAUGAAGGUUGAGAAAUCAGAGAUCGACCUUAAUGCUGAUAUUCCUCAAGGAAGCGUCCUCCUCAAGGUUUUGUGUUUAUCUGUAGAUCCAUACAUGCGUGGACGUAUGCGUGAAGCACACAAAAAGUCUUAUUCUCCUGCCUUCCCUUUGGGUCAACCUAUGAAUGGACAUGCCAUGUCUCAAGUUGUCAAGUCAAACAAUGAAAAAUUCAAAGUGGGUGAUCUCAUCUAUGGUAUGACUCCCUUUGUAGAAUACGCCUUGAUCCCAGAACAGUUUACCUCUUAUCUGGAAAUCAGAAAUGAGGCUAAAGACUCUGACAUUCCUCUUACAAACUUCAUUGGUGUUCUUGGCAUGCCCGGUAUGACCGCUUAUGUUGGCCUCAUCAAGUUUGGUAAGCCAAAGAAAGGUGAAACUCUCUACGUUUCUGCAGCCUCAGGUGCUGUUGGCCAAUUAGUUGGACAAAUCGGCAAGAUUCUUGGCUUAUAUGUCGUAGGCUCCGCUGGUUCCGACGAGAAGGUUGCUUAUUUGAAAGAACUUGGCUUUGAUGCUGCAUUCAACUACAAAACAAAGGAUAUCCGUGAAGCAUUGAAGGAAACAUGCCCUAAUGGUAUCGAUAUCUAUUUUGAAAACGUCGGUGGCAAGAUGCUUGAAGCCGUCAUUGAUCACGCCAAUACAUUUGCCAGAAUCGUCUGUUGUGGUAUGAUCUCCCAGUACAACCGCGAAAAUCCCGAGCCUAUUCACAAUCUCAUCCAAGUCGUCGCCAAGAGUUUGGAAAUCGUUGGUUUCAUUGUAAGUAACUCUCCUGAGAUGGAAGGUCAGUUCAGAAAGGAUGUCACUGAAUGGAUCAAGAGCGGUCAAAUCAAAUACCGUGAAACUAUUGCUGAAGGCAUUGAAAAGACCCCUGAAGCUCUAGUUGAUGUAUUAAAGGGAAAUAACUUUGGUAAGCAAGUCGUCAAGGUUGCUGAUUUAUAAAUAAAGAUACUCAAAUAACAUUAUUGUAAAAUAAAAUGAUACUUUUUGUAAUUUAACUUGACUGGUUUAUUGCCUACUAACUUUAGACAAAAUUCACUUGGUUGAUUUACACUGUCAUUCUUACUCCACUUUUAUCAUUCCUUUCUCUUUUUCUUUUUCCCCUUUGACUCAAAAGCGUUUCAGUCUCCUUUACUUUUAUUGAUGUAACCAGGCGUGAGGUGAUGAUUUUUCUUACUGUCAAGCAUUCAUCUGCUGUUCGUCAAUAUAUGACUUCUUUUUUUUUUUUUUUUAGAAACUCUAAGCAACUAACAGCGUUGGUACAUUAAGAGAUAUUCUAUCGGAUUUGAAUGGGUUGAUUAUAAGCAGGUUUAUACUUGUAGAAUCCCAACGUAAUAUUUAUACAAUCUCAUAUCACGGCAUCAGGAUACAAAAUACAAACAAGAUAUGUGAACAAAUCUGUAAAGA